AUGGGCGGGCUAAAACUGCUGGUAUUGCUGUUCUCAGUUCUGCACAGCUGCAAUGGAGAGCGGAGGUUGCUUCGUGAUCCGUGUAUCGGCACUUUGCAGUCUUCCGCGCGGAUACACGCGUACAUCGGUGUCUUACGAACGUCCAGUAACGAUUCUAUCAUCAGAAGGACGCUUUCCAGGGUAAAGGUGACAGAUGGUGAUGAAUGUGUCAACGAAGAUGUAGAUCCAAAUAGUUGGACCCCUGAAGAAAGCAGGGAUGAGGAAUCAAAUGUCGCCAUCACUCAUGAGGUCACUGUUGGCGACAUAAAUGAAGUGGACCGUGAAAUCGCGGGCUCUGCAGAGCCCACUGAGUAUCCAGUCUUUGAGGAUGAAUCGUCACAGGACCAGCAAACUGAGCAGAUAAUUUUAUUGCCAGAAGAUCGGAAUCGCUACGAAUACAUCGGUAGAUUGUCUGGUGCAGAUAAUGCCGAUCAAGUUGAUCACAAUGGAGCGUUUCCGUCGGCCUCUAGUAAAAACCCUAACAAUGAGACAAAAGGUGCAGUCGCCGAUAAGCUGGGAAACGCCAACAACAGUUAUUCGGCGGCGUAUAACUGGAACUAUGCUCCUCGACAAAGAAACAAAAGGGCAAGGAACGCGCAAAAUUCAGGGGAACAGUCACGUUCACAAUAUGCUUCGUCUGUUAAGAGUGUUAACCUAGAUGAUUUGGUGGAGGAUGCAUUCAAGGAUCAAAAAAUGGCCGACAAUUUUUGCGUAUUGGGAUACACUCCGCAACAUAGAGAUGAAUUCUUCGUAGAGCUCGUAAGGCGCCUAGCCGAGCACAAACGCAAAACGAAGAAUGCUCCACACGUGCUUUACGUGGCCCGGCACUCUCGUACCAUUGAAAAACUAUAUGAGCUUUGCCAAGAAGAAAACGAAAGCUUCGGUAAGGUAAACAUCAUAUCAGAUGAGCAAAUCAGUGUCGCUCCCAAUAACCUACUCACCGUGGCGGAACUGACGAGACUCUCACGUAUAUACCACGCCAUAAACAUGCACAACCAAGAGCAGGCCGGGGAACUAGUGGAAUACUUGCGCAACAUGAAACUGUACGAUAAGAAUGCGAACUCUGGCACAAGCGGUGAAGAAACGCCCACGGAUGAAGCUAGUGUGGACUCGUCCAUAAGCGGUGAAGAAACGCCCACGGAUGAAGCUAGUGCGGACACUCCGCAAAGCGCCGGAAGUACAGUAACUGAAUUGUUUUUCAAAGGGGAUCCAGUUGAUGACUCAAACCAAGAGGAGUUUGUUGGCGUGCUGCGAUCACUCAUUGAUUCCUUUUUCCGAUCUCACGAUGAGGUGGCCAAUCGAAAUUGGAAUGAGCGUGACAUAUUCGUGCCGCAGAAAGAAACGUUGCUCUCGAUACGGAAGUUGUUUCAAAACUCAUACCAUAGUACCACACAGUUGGCUGACAGGUUACAAAUAAACGAGCCGAGCAAACGUAUAGUGGUGGUGGAUGGAUUUGCGCCACGGCACAUGCCCAGUGAACGAAGUCGUGGUACAGCGCUAUUCGAUUUGCUAAUGAUUGCAAUGCGCAAUGAGUGUCAGAUGGCGGCAAUAUCGUACCAGCUGUUCAACCCCCAUAAUUUGGUGCAAUGGCUGAGGAGAAACGUCGGACCCACUGACUUCGUGGUCGCGUCUAAAUUUCCAGAGUGCAGAGUGUUCAAGGAUGAUUGGCAUUUCGAUCCUUUCGAGAAUAACGAAACACCAACGUAUGGCAUCGCGGAUGUUAAUUUCCUCCAAAAGGUGCUCACGGAGAACCACAUGUGUCCGCGGACGUUGUUCCACAAACCCAAUAAAGAGGCAACCCCUUCAAACUGGCCACUAAACAAGCAAUUUGCCGUCAUGUUGAAGGACAUUCUGAAGCAGGCGAUGCUGAUAAAGGGGGUAGACACCCUGCAUAAACUCAAGCACCACAGCAGGAGCACCUACGACUACGUGAAGCAAUACCUUCCCGGCGGAAGGGAGUACAAGCCGGCUGAGAAGACUGGAAAGCAGGAUGAAGUGGAUAACGGUAUGACAGACGAAGUGUCACAGACAACGGAACAAUCGGGCGAUGCUGAGCCAAUGACGAUUGACGAUUUCCUGGAUCAGGUCAUUGAUUUGGGGAGACGGCACAGGGCCGUUAAAAUGAUGCAGAAGUUGGACCUCGAUUCGGCUAUUAAAUCGAUGUCUGAUAAAGCAGCUGUAUCGAUUAUUGACCGAGUAAUAAAGGACGGGAUUUAUCCUACCGUCAUUAUGGCCAGGCCGAGUGACGUCGAGGCAUACAAGCCGGUUGUACUAGAAAAGUUCGAGCCUAUCCCAGAAAUAGAAAGCCUACUUGAGGAGUACGUUGUUGACAUGGCGGAUGUGGAAUACGUAAAACGAGGUGUAAUAUGUUUGGGGCGAAAUUUCAACCCUCUAACUGCGGAGUUUGUGAAGAAACACCUCCAUCUGUUCAAGGUGGUGGUGACAUACUUACAGAUGAGGGGUGCUCGUCAUUACGUUUGUCAGUAUCCACUGGAUGCUAGAUCCGCCAUCAACCAUACGUUGCGGUAUCCGACUUCACUUCUAAACACGGUCCUCGGCGCAGAGCGCGUCUCAUUUUACGCCAUGCCGCCGAGUUCGACGCUGAAUGUGUUAUCGAGCUUCCUUUCGAGUAUACCGAUUGAUUUCAGGUGGUUUAAGCCGCUGGAAGCCUUGAAGCACACUAUGGCGGAGAUACCGCAGGAGGUUAAGGCAAAUUCCCAACUUGCCAGCAGCUUGGAAAAAGGAACCUUCGCCAAGUUCAUGACAGAAUGCUCCGACGCGUAUUUAGCCCGGAACGGUGCGAUAUUACACACGACUACUGGUGAUAGUGAAAGGGUGGAUUGCUGCACUGAGUCGUAUUACAGUAGUGACAGCCCAUCCCCUACUAACGCGCUGGAGACAGUGCCAUCUCAUAAGUGGGAGCAAAACACAAAGUACUACGGUACAACUGAGAGUGACGAAUCACGUGGAGAUGUUCAGAAGUCGGCGGUACACUCGGAACGGAGGCAAUAUACGUACGAUCAGUCAUACCAACCUGCCCCCAGAGCGGGUGCCCAGACGCCAUUACCGUCCUACAAGGGUGAUCAGGUGGUGCGAAACGGACGAUCGCAAAAUGGGCCAUUGAUGCGGAGCAUGCUUGAUCGGCAGGUGCAUCUCAAAACCCUCGAGGGAAGGCUGCUGCAAUCAGGUGUUGUCAUGCGUCCCUUUUACGCGCUGGACCAAAAGUGGAAAGGGGUGGCUCAAUUCCGCUCAUACCUUCGCAACCACAUCAGAGGCUUGCUGCUGCACAAGAGCAAGGCAUUUUUCAUGCUUAAUUUCGCGACACCGUUACACGGUGCUGACGUCCUUGGGAUGGACGGCAAACACUACACCGUCGUGUGGAUAGGCAUUCCCACCAAGUGCACCGUACCUAAUCACAACCUGUCCCAGCAGGUGUGGCACUCUAUGCGCAAACUGUUUGCCGAGAACAGCCACCAUACGUAUUUCGCGGUGCUGAAGGCGGAAAACGGUGGGUACCUGUGCGUCCCCUCCGUGUUCAUCAAGGACAUAUGCGAAAUGCCAGCCACCGGAAAAUUGGUCGGAGGCGCCAUCCGUGCGUCUAAGCCCGCAGCGGUUGUGUUGAACCCUAAGGAAGGUGUGCCACAAGACGCGAUGGUCGACAGGCUGAGGUACCUCGUCAUGACGGACGAGAAAGGCAACGAAGCGGAGAUGCUUCCAUCGCGCAUGGAAGCCGCCAGCUUCUUACCGAACGCAACAUUGGAGCUGGUCAGGAUCGGUCUAGAGAUGGUAGAGAGGUACAACGCUGUGGAGAAGCAGCUAACGGAUGACGCGGUAACGAAGUGCAGCAAGAUGUCGUGGAUAUCCGGCAUCAAGGCAUCGCUGCAGAAGUGCGUCGUGGAUUUCCACGGGCAGAAUCUCGGCUGGCACAUCCUGAACGUGCUCCUCGCCAUCGGGACCAUUACGGCAGUGAUCGUCGGCCAGGUGAAGCAGGACUUCGUGCUCACAAUGAAGAUUGUCAUCGGUACAGGCGUGCUGUGUGCUGUCGUCUGCACGCCAGCGUGGCCUAUGUACGGCCGCCAUCAGAUUCCAUGGAAGCCUGUUAAGGAAGCUAAGGAAUAA